CAUUGCUAUACCAUCCAAUUCCGACCCCCGAUCUCAGAAGCUGUGUCUGUUGGGCGUUCUUUAUCACAGUAUGGCGCAUCGAAUAAUAACACAAGUCGUCCUGACCGGCUCACGGGUCCUCGGACGAGCCUUCGCAGAAGCCUACAAGCAAGCCAGUGCCUCCUCACAAUACGCCAAAGCCCAAGCCAAAAAGAACCCUGGAGGAGCCACUUCAUUUGGUGCGAAUGGACUCACGCUUGACGAAGCCUGCAAGAUCCUCAAUGUCAAGCCGCCGCAGAAUGGGAAGGCGAAUAUGGAGGAUAUAAUGGAGAGGUUCAAGAAACUGUUCGAUGCCAACGAUCCAAAGAAGGGAGGGAGUUUCUAUCUGCAGAGUAAAGUGCUGCGGGCGAGGGAGAGGUUAGAGAGCGAGAUCCGGCAAGCGGAGGAGAGGGCGAGCCGGGAAGCGGAGCUGAAGGAAGGAUGGAAGCCCAAGGUGUUCAAGGACCGGUAGCGUGGAGUUCGGCGUUGGUGGUUGUGGUACCUGCCAUGCUGGUAGGCACAUGAAGGGGUUGCUCAGAAAACGCGGCCUACAUUAUUGUCCCGUUGGACGAUCGAUCCGAGCACAGUCUCAAAAUCUUCCCUCUGUAUUCGACAUAGCCAGGCGUUUGGGACUACACUGUAUAAUCAGGGAUAUGGUCAGCAUUUACAUCGGCCUUGGCGUCCAAUAUGUAUAUGUACGAUAUAAGGUGUGAAUGAAGAUAUUUCUAAGAGCUACAAUGACACUACCAGUCUAGACAGGUGGCUCUCCCUCAAUACCAUAAUACAAUACUGCGUGAAUAGUUCAGUAAGCGCCAAGAUAAUGCGGUAUCAGAAGUCACGAUUCGCAGCAUUCCGUUCUUGAUAACAGUCAUAUAUUGCAUAUGGCCUCUCACUGAGACGAGACAAUCAAGAGGCUGCUGCUGCAAGUCCACCAUCUAUAUCAAUAGCAGUGCCAGUAACAAAGCUAGC